AUGCUACUUUAUGGUAGACUUCUGAUCCUCGCUCGAAAUAGAGGUUUAUAUGUUGGUCUUAACAGAACUAAUUGCAUCAGGUACAACAGCAGUUGGAAAGACACCCUUGAAACCCGGCACACCGUCAGAGAGGCGGAAGAUUCACAAGAUAAUCAAUUGUUCAAUGAUUUGGUGAAAGAGGUAGAUGCGAAGGAGAAGCGCAAUGACGACUCUUUUGAUGACAUCUUCAAAGACAUCAUUCUAGAUCCCAAGCAACCCUCAUCUGAAGCCAAGACAGAGAUGGACAAGAUCUUCGCCAACAUCUCUCGAGGUCAGACAUCCGAAAAGCAAGAGCUCUAUCAAGACACCAGUAUGGAUAUUGACAUGACAGAUGAAACACUGGUGCUGGACAAAAAAGCCGAAGACCCCAAUAUUGUUCAGAAGGAGAAAGAGCUUUUCAUGAACAUCUUCAAAACAUACUCGCAGAGAGAACCCUCCAAAGAAAAGAAAAAAUCAUCUCAUUCAAAUCUACUAUGGAAUCUUCGGGAAGCUAUGAGUAGUAAGAGCACAGAACUUGACCGCCAUAUUUCUCGAGCUAUGAGGCCCUCACAAGGUAAUAAAUUGACUCAAGACACCAUUGACCGCAUCUUUCUGCAUUUUGAUGACUCUUUAAAGCCUACCUAUACUGCAUUACUGACCUUUGAUCUGAGAGAAAGCUAUCUUGACUUCUUGAAGGGUGUAAUUCAAAGGUUCAAAGGGAGUCGUUCGCGUCAGAGAGAGUUCUUCUUAACCAUGAAAAAGGGCGAAGCUUUGCAUGAUUUUACUGACAGAUUCACCAAGUUGAGUCAGAAGGUAAAGCUUAAAAACGAGGAACUGCCGCUUGAACCGGUUCUUAAUGCUUAUACUUUGCCAUUGUUGUUCAAUUACAUCUUGAAGACUCUCAUCACGAAGUUUUAUGACGGCCAGCUCGCCCUCACAUUGUUUAACUCGUUGAAAAGAGACCUCGAUGUAUAUACAGUGGUCUGUAAUCAAGACACUUACAACGAGGUGCUCAAGCUUUUUUGGGCAUACUAUGGCAAACUGAGCUUACAAGAGAUCGAAAUGACGUUUCUCGAGAUGAAAAAUAAUGGAUUUGUCGGCAACCUUAACACAUUCAGAGUUCUCAAGGAAAUUAUCGUGAGAUAUCAUCUGAUUAAGUUAGGACUCUCAGACCUGACACUGUUCUGGCUGAGAGAAGACGAUAAAAGAGUGAAAAACCUUGAGAGGAAUCUUCACAAACUAGCCUCUCAGCUUAAGGCCAUUCAAUAUUAUUGUACAUAG